AUGGGCGACUCCGACGACAACAAUCAGCCGCCCGGCGCCUCCAUUCCGGCCUGGCAACAAGAAACCAAAGCUUCGGCAGCGUCCGAAACACAACAGGAGCAAUCUACCCAGCAAGAUGACCACAAUCAGCAGCUUCAAGUUGCCCGCCGCUUCCUUGACGAAGACGAAGUAAAAUCUGCGUCGCGGGAGAAAAAGGUUCAAUUUCUCAAAACCAAAGGCAUCAGCGAUGGCGAUAUCGAGAAACUCCUGGGACAAUCAGAAACCGUCUCCGAGUCACUGCCAACAAACGAAACGCCAGAAUCAGAAAAUACAAUGUCUGACGCCGUUUCACCGAGCUCUGCAUCACUCGGCGCAACCAACGAUCGGCCUCCCAUUGUCACAUACCCGGAAUUCCUAGUGAAGCCAGAGCGUCCACCUCCGCUGGUUACGAAGAGUGGCAUCUUCAACACUCUCUACGCUUUUGCUGGGCUAUCAACGCUCUUAUACGGGACGAGCAAAUACCUCGUUGCCCCCAUGGUGGAGAACUUGACCGAUGCACGAACUGAGCUGCAUGAUGUAGCAUCCCAGAGGCUCGAAAACUUAGUUUCCCAGCUCGAGAAAACAGUGUCGGUAAUUCCACCAACGGCUGCACAGCCCACAUCGCCAGAAGAGAUUGAUGGCAGCGAUGCGGAGGACCCGACCGAGAUGUUCCAUCGCGAUAUAGGAACCCAAACUUCACUAAUAGACCAAAAUGCGAACCUUCCGCCUAAAGAGUCGGAGCCCGCUUCUAAGCGUCAUGUUGAUAGCUUGACAUCCCUAACAAAGACUCUUGCCGUUCUAAAAGACCAGUUUCGCGCCCAGAGCGAAGGGUUUGAGGAUGUGAAAACGUUGUUGGAUGUCUUCCGCGACGAUCUAGACGGCUUGACAUACGGUGGACAUACUGAAUUCGUCGGUGGCUACGACAUAUAUGGGUCUGCAAAGAAGAAUGAGCCUGAAGAUGAGAUUAGGAAAGUUAGAGACAACAUACGCCGUGUCAAGGGGGUACUUCUGAGUACGAGGAACUUCCCUGCAUCAACAAAGUAA